AUGCCUGAGUCAGAAAUGUAUCGACAACCAACGCGCAGCGAAAUAAUCGAGCUCGCCGUGGCAGAAGGCCACGAUGCAGACAUACCGGGUAAUGCAGGCUCGAUCCAUCAAGUACCCAGCCACACAUCAACACCCCGAUCAAAGCACCAGAAUCACGACCCAAAGAAACCUUCAGCAGAAGCAAUGGACAAGGAUAUCGAAAAGGGCAGUACAGCCGAAUCGAUUCUAAGUGAAGAGGCGGUUGUGGACAGCAAUGAAGACGAUCCGAAUGUUGUGUCUUGGGACGGCCCAGAUGAUCCUGAGAACCCAAUGAACUGGUCGUAUACAAAGAAAUGGGGGACAGUGUGUUUGAUAUCUGCAAUCACAUUUUUGACGCCGCUUGCUUCGAGUAUGUUCGCGCCGGGAGUACCAGAGGUUAUGUCUACGUUUGAUUCGACGAACGACAUGCUGGAACAGUUCAUGGUAUCGGUAUAUGUCUUGGGAUUCGCAUUUGGACCAAUGAUCAUCGCCCCACUUUCCGAGAUGUAUGGACGACUUCCAUUGUACCACAGCUGUAAUGCCUUGUUCGUGAUAUUUAGCAUCGCUGCAGCGGUGGCCUCGAGCAUGGGCCAGUUCGUCGUUUUCCGGUUCUUCAUGGGCUGUUUUGGUGGAGCGCCUAUGGUACUUGGGGGAGGUACGAUUGCAGACUUGAUCAAUAGGGAGCAACGUGGUACCGCUAUGGUGGUCUGGAUGAUGGGACCAACAAUCGGCCCUUGCGUAGGUCCGAUUAUUGGUGGCUUCCUAACCGUUGCUAAAGGCUGGAGGUGGAACUUCUGGUUCGUCGCCAUUGUCGCGGGCGCCUUGAUGUUAAUGUCUAUCAUCCUCAUGAAGGAGACUUCAGCUCCUGUGAUUCUCGAACGCAAAGCAAACCGACUCCGCGCUGAGACCAACAACCCCAAGCUUCGCUCUAAGCUUGCCUCCGACCUGUCCCCUGCGGAUUUAUUCAAAUUCUCGAUCAUCAGGCCCGCCAAGAUGCUCACGCGCUCCCCCAUAUGUCUGGCCAUGUCGGUGUAUAUUGCCAUUACUUAUGCUUAUCUUUACGUUCUCUUCACGACCUUCACCGCAGUCUUCAAGACACAAUACCAUUGGAAAGGUGGAAUCGUCGGACUUUCUUUCCUGGGAAUCGGAAUCGGUUCCUUGAUCGGUCAGUUCGGAUUCACAUACUUCGGCAACAAGACUGUUAAAAAACACAUCGCGCGAAACGACUUCAGGCCCGAGCAUCGCCUCUACACCAUGUGUGUUGGUGGAUUUUGCUUACCGGUGGGCCUAUUCUGGUACGGCUGGAGCACGCAAGAAAUGACGCAUUGGAUUGUACCUAUUCUUGGCACAGGCUUCAUCGGCUUCGGACUGCUCAUGACGUUCAUGCCGGCUACGACCUACCUAGUCGACGUAUUCACAGUCCACGCGGCAAGUGCGAUGGCGGCCAGCACGGUGCUGCGUAGUCUAUGUGCAGCGCUGAUUCCGCUGAGUAGCUCGAAGAUGUACAAGGCGAUGGGGUACGGCUGGGGGAAUUCGUUGCUGGGAUUCGUGAGUCUGGCGCUUAUACCAAUUCCUUUCCUGUUCAUUCGGUAUGGGGAGAAAAUAAGGGCGAGAAACUCUGUCAAGCUUUGA